GAAUAAGCAAAUAAGAGAAAAUAAAAAAUAAGAUGGCAACAGCUUGUCUGAAGAUGGCAUUACUAUUUCUCAUUGGAUCUCAAUGCAUUUUAUUCUCGACGGCAUGUGAAAAUAAAGAGGAUUGUUGGGAUACUAGAUGUGACAAAGAACAUCAUGCUAUUUGUUCUAUGACCAGAAAAUGUCUAUGCGUACCGAAUGCACUAGUAGAUCAAGUUACUUGUCGUUACGAUGGUGAUUGUGAAUGUAAAGAUGGAAAGCAUCCAAGUUGUUCUAACCAUCUAUGUACAUGCAUACCAUAUCAAGUAGAUCAAGUCUCUUGUCACAAAGAUAAUGAUUGUAAACGUCUUUGCCCUCCAAAUUGUGGAAUUACGAACUGUAUUGGUGGGAGAUGUAUUUGUAGCUGUUAAACCAUUCUAUUGAAUACAUAAUCUAAUAAAUGAAAUAAA